CGAGCAGAGCAGGUUCUCUUUCAUUCAGUCCGCUCCCCGCUCCCUGACAGAGAUAACGGACUUUACCGUUCUCUCCCCCCCCCCUUUUCUUUUUAAAACCAUGGACCGGGAAGGUUUUUCCGCUUCUUCUCGGGUCAGGACCGGACUCACGGUGUGUGAACAUGUCUCCUCUUCUUCCUUUUCCACGGAACAGUCACUUCAGUUUGGAUUUUAUCUCCGGGAAAACUGAUUUUUGGAGUUUAAACCGAGCGACCGGCUUCUUCUUCUACUACUUGUUUGGGAAUGUAACGUUAAAUUAGCUCAUCUCAAGCUCUAAAAACACUUUCAGUAACUUUCACACCCUUUGUUUAAUGGAUAUAAAGACACAGUUGGAGUAUUUACUUACCUUUUUGUGAGUUUUUAAAGGGUUUUUUCUCUGGAAGUGGAGGUUGGACUCUUCUCAUCCCGACAAAUUUCCAUCACCUUUAAGCUAGCUAGCUGGCGGAUAAUGCUAUUACCUGUUGCUCUCGGCUGUUUACAUAGUUUUGUCGUGUUUAUGUGAAGUUAAAAAUAAUAAUGAUUUCAGAGGAGAGAAGCAGCCACGUAAAUAAACAAGCCCUGAACUUCCCUGUGGGUUUACUGAUCCGCUCCCCGAAGAGGAGACUGGCCAAACUGGGGAGGAAACCCAGCAAUGGAUCUCUCCAGUCCAACACCUCGGACAGCACCGUCCGCUCCACAGAAAGCGUGGGUGUCCGGCAGCCAGCCAAGAGCAAAAUCCGCCGCCACAACAACAGGCUCUCGACUGUUUUCAACCACAGCCCGAACCUGCGGGACAGUGGACGGCGGGGCCAGGCACAGGGCAGCGGGAGCCUGGCCGGAGACCUCCAGGCCACGGACGACCCGGCCGAGCUGUCCAGCCAGAUGUCCAUCCCCGGCAUCCUGAAGAUCUUUGGGAGCGACAUCUGUCAGGGGACGAACUACAAGAGUGUGUUGGCCACCACUCAGUCCAACGCAAAGGAGCUGGUGAAGGAGGCACUGGACAGGUACUGUCUGGAAAAAGAGGAUCCCAACGACUAUGUCUUGUGCGACGUGAUUGGCCAGACAGGCUCGGACAACCAGUGGAAGAGGGAGUGUUUUCGGGUGGUGGGUGACAGCGAGAAGCCCCUGAUGCUGCAGUCGCUCUGGAAACCCAAGGAGGGCUUCUCCAGGCGUUUUGAAAUCCAGCUGAGGUCAAGCGUUGAGGAGCAGAGUUUAAAGGACCGAGACACGGUCACGGCAGGCAUCAAUGCUCAAGCUCGUAAGCUCCAGAAAAGCCGCUCCAGAGUCGCCUCUCUGUUCGUGGACGGCAGCGGGGAGGACGUAGACGGACUUGGCAUCUGGAGGAGUCUGAGCGAGAUGGAUCUGUCCGCCAUGGGGAAGGAGGCCAGCCGGGCCCAACAGAGCGCGCUCAGAGAGGACCCCGAGGCUGAGGCCGACAAGGAGGUCUUGCGUCUCGGUAUGGAGAAGGAGGAGACGGAAAGCAGCGACGACAACACCACCCAGUACUCCAUUCACCCGCCCUUUGACUUCCCGUACUUCCUCCUGCUGCAGGGCUACAGCCACAGACAGGAUUUUGUCAUCUACCUGAUGAGUGGGACGACCACCAUCUUCGGCUGCUGCAGGGAGCACUGUAACGGCGAGGACGAGGAGAGGUUAAAGGUCGACAUCCUGCUCUUCGCCCCUGAUGUGUUGCCUCAGCACUGCUGCGUCAGACGCCUGGACUCUCAGAACCAGACGUCGACGGGGGAGCACAGAAAGACUCUGACGAUGCUGAAGCCUCUGCACGGCGCUCCCGUCACCAGAAACGGUUUCCUCCUCAAAGAGGAGGUGGAACUGAACCCAGGGGACUUGGUGGGUUUGGGGAAACACUAUCUGUUCAUGUUUAAGGAUCCCACCAGCACAUCCGGAUCCCUGCAGACCCCUCCCUGGAUGACCAGACUCUGCCCGAACUCUGACACAAAACCAUCGUCUUCUUGUUUAUCGUGCGGCUCCUCCAUCGGCGCGAAAAGGCCUCACAGGAAGCCGCCUUGCUGGAGGGACCUGGAGGGCACAGAGGCAUCGCUGAGCUACGAGCUGGAGCAGGAGGAGAAAGUCCUGCGGCAAAUCCUGGACUCAGCAGACCCGAGCGGGAACGAACCGAAGCUGACGCCGGCUUUCCUGCUGAGCCUCUGCGUCCAGCGCUCGGCCUCCACGUUCGAGCUCACGCACUUCAGGCAGCUGCUGCUCCAGAUCGCCAGCCAGAUCCAGCUCGUCAUGUGGGAGAAGACAAAGGAACUUGCGGCGAUCCAGCCAGAAACGAGCUCCGGCGAGUCGCAGCCCGAUCAGCUUCACCUCCUCAGCAUGGAGGAGCUGAUCCCAGGUCUGCAGCCGCUGGUGCUGUGGAUGGCCAACUCCAUUGAACUGCUGCACUUCAUCCAGCACGAAGUCCCUCAGCUGCUGCCCUGGAGGCAGGACCAGGAGGACGAAGGUCUGUUGGACUCUGAGAUAUCAGCCACUCGGACAGCCUGUGAGGAAGCCAUGACAGUCCUGGAGGAAGUCAUCAUGUUCACCUUUCAGCAGUCUGUCUACUAUCUAACAAAGAGUAUGUACUCGGCGCUGCCCGGGCUCCUUGACGGGAACCCGUUCUCAGAGGGCGGCCAGCUGCGAGUGCCCGAUGGACUCGGCGGCAUCCUGGAGGUGCUGAAGGAGGCACUGAAGCUCCUCACAGCUUUCCAGGUGCAUCCGGACAUCUCGUUACAGCUCUGUGCCUACCUGUUCUUCUUCAUCAAUGCAUCGCUGUUCAAUGCCCUCAUGGAGAGAGGAUCUGUUGCUGGGUUCUACCAGUGGUCCCGGGGCGUUCAGAUCCGGGCCAACCUGGACCUGAUGAUGGACUGGAUCCAGAGCAUCGGACUGGGCGACCUGGCCACCGAGUUCUUCCAGAAGCUUUCGGCUGCCGUCAACCUGCUGGCCACACCCAAAGAAACCCUGCUGCAGGCAUCCUGGUCAUCUCUCAGGACAGAGUUUGCCGCCCUGAACCCAGCCCAGCUUCACCACAUGCUGAGGGAGUAUAACUCUGGGAAAGCCUGCCCCAGCGGGUGGACGCCAUCGCCAGAUGAUGCUCAGGACGCCGUCAGGACAGGCGACAUCCUGGAGAGCUUCGACAACCACCCGCCGCUCAUCCUGCCCAGCAGCACGUUUCACCUGGAGCUGGGUAAACCCAUCGUGGAGCCGGCUCUGUUCGAGCAGCUCGUACGUCUGCAGGAGUUCAUUCGCCAGCUCCCCUGCGGUGAAACCCGAGCCGAACCCGAUGUGGAGGAACAGGCUCUCAAUGGGACGACCACAGACAGCCAGUCUGCGACCUCACCCUCUGUCAGAGUCUACCCGGAUCCGGACCAUCAGGAGGUCUCCGACCCAGUUGCCUGCCCUUCCUCUGAGGCAGACCCGGACUGCUCCGCCCCCCAGGCCCGAGGAUCUCACGGUGACCUGAGCAGCUGCGAGGCGGUCCUGACCCAGAAGCUGAAGAGCCUGGAGCUGCAGAACGCCCUCCCCGGACAGGCUGACAUGGGCUACCACAAGAGCCUGGCGCUGGACCCGUCCUGCCUGCUCACACCACCCAACACCCCCCAGGGUAUGGAGUUGGCCGAGCUGGAGGCCGAUCUGCAGGAGGGCGCACGCCAACAAAAGAAAGCCGGUGGAUGUGCUGAGAGGAAGACAGAAAAUGUGGAAGAAGAAGAAAAAGAAGAGAGAGAGGAGGUGUUCACAGUGGAGCUUCAUAGAGGACCUCACGGUCUCGGGUUGGCGCUUGUAGAUGGAACGAAAACACCACUGAGAAUGAGUGGGAUUUACGUGAAGUCAGUGGUUCCCGACUCUCCUGCUGCUCAGUGUCAGAAACUGAGAAUGGGCGAUCGCAUCCUGGCUGUUAACGGCAUCAGCUUGGUUGGUAUGGAGUAUAACGUUGGUAGAGAGCUGAUUCGAUCGUCGGGCGACUCGCUCAGACUUCUCGGUCGCCAAGAUCGACUCAAAAACAAGCAGCAAGGGUUCGACUAAAUGCUGAAGGCAAAAAAAAGUGCAACUGGGAAUGGUGGAGGACGUGAGGUUCAUCCUUCCUGCUGCAUCCAAAGUCAGUAUUUCUCACAGGAAGGAUUCCCCCCCAACCAAAGGAAAAAACACUUGCUUUUUAUUUCAGACUCAUUGUGAAAUAGAGCUGUUGUGUACGUGUGUGAAAAGCAUUGAGACAAUCGCAAUUUGCUCACACCAAACACAGACUUGUGGGCAUUUUGCCUGGCAGACAAAUGGCGAAGACAUUUUUAAAAGCUCACUUUGCUGUCCCAGCUUCUUUCUGACCUAUAAACAAACUGCAUCGGGCUCCGCUCCGCACUCAUAAACCAAUGAGGGUUUUUUGGCGGGGAGCAAAAUAGCCCGUCUGUGGCAGUUUUGCAGUUUUUGCAGUCCUGAAACAUCUAUUUGACUGUGAGAACACAAGUUUUCUGUCUGAAGAGCUGCUGCGGGAUCGUUCGUGUCUGGGAUAAACUGGAUUUAUUUUGAAAUUUAUUUUUUAAAAUGGCUAUUUUAGAAGCUGUGAAAGAGUAUUAAAAAUAUACCUCCCUCUUACCCAGUCAUGUAGUCUGUGAAGCCCUAUUUGGACUAUUGGACAUUAACUUAAUUCACUUUUUAUUUAACUGAUCGUUCUAGAUGGGUUUUUACCGUCAGGAAAUUACAAGAUAUGGUCAGUAAUAGACAAGAGCUUCUCUAGGGGGCGCUAGAGAGUGGAAGGGGCAGGAUAAACGUCCAUAAAUCGACACAUUUUUCCUUCAGUAUCAGAGUAAACGGGUUAUAGAUCUGUACAUCCACGGGUACGCUGCAAACAGGAGCUGCUAAUAGCCAAUUACGGCAACAAUUACCUCCUCAUGGAUUUAACUUUUUCUGUCGUCAUUUUGGUUCCCAAAUGCCCAAUAAUUACGAUUAGCACGGAGCUAAAAUGUAGGACAAGCAGCUCUUUUUCCAAUUACAUGGAAAAAAUUAAUUCACCUAAAAUACAAGGAUGGGAUUUAAAUUACAGCAGGACCAGAGGGUUCACAAGAAAGUAAGUAAUUAUUACCAAGAUGGAGGUGAAAAAUUACUCACAUACUCACUUCAGAUUGGAUUAAAAUCACAGAUCAAUGUUAAAAUUACCCAACCCCUAGAGAAAUAAAUCUAGUCCAAAUGGGGCUUUAGUGACUCAAAAAAAUGGUGACACAGUUUCAUGCUUCUGGAUUAAUGAUAGCAUUAAUAUUCUUUUUAAUAUUCCCAUGUUCCCAAACAAAACACUGGGAAAAGCUGGUUUAUUACACUCUACUGGGAGAUUUUAGUCUUGUUUUCAGAAAAAAAAAAUAGAUGUAAAACACUAUGAUUCAGCUUUACUUUGUACCAAUCGCACAUUUUCAUGGUGGCCUUAAGAGCAUUGCACAAAACGUAAUGUUUAAAAUUCCACUUUUGCACGAAACACUGUAUAAGACUAUACAACAGCAGGUAACAAUAAAUGUCCAGGUUAAACAACAGGAACCUUUACACAUCUGGGAAACAUCUUUUUUCAUGUCUUUAAACUCAAGGCUAUAAUCUGUAUUUUUAUAACAAUAGAUUAAAUGACUGUGUAAUGUGAGAGGAGUCAAUCAUAGUAAUGAAACUACAGAGUAUUAUCAGCUGCCCUCAGCUUUAUGAAACUUUAUAAUGAGUUUCAACUCAUUAUAACUCAUUAUUUAUCUGUCGAGACCACAACUUUACUGUUUUGGUUGAUUCUCACAGCUCUCAUAAUGUCAUUUUCUGCGAAAAAACUGUAAAAACCCACUGUACUCUACCUGCUCAGUACUUUACAGCAGGUAGACACAGUUGGUGAACAUAGUGGAGCAUUUAGUAGGUAAAGAUAAAGAUAUUUCCCUCUGGAGGUGCUAAAAGAGAGGAAAUAUUUUACAAACCCGACUCCAAAUAAAUGGUAAUGUUGCUCCAUAGCUGCUGAAUGUGUAAAUAAGCAACUUAAAGAUGAUGAUAUGUCAGUGUUUUGUUGACAUAACACCAAAAAUACACUUUCAUAGUAAUAAAACAACACAGUCAUGAGUUUGUAUCAUAGUUUCUGAAAAGUUUUGAAAAUGGAAGAUUUUCUUCAUAAACGGAGAAACGUCUGUUAUAUAAUGUUCAUCUUCGUCUGUUGCACGUUUUAAUGUCUGAGUAAAGAGACAUUUACAUUCUUCUACAGAAUAGUCGUAUUAAUACUAUUCCCCUCUGUCGGUAGUUUGGGCCCAAAUCAUAAAACAUGUCAGAAUUACUGAUCUGAGCUUAAAUGAAAAACAGCAGCAGAUAUUUUUAAGGUUUUUAACAAUGUAAAACAACAAACUGCUGCAGCCCUGAGGUCUGAAGUCUGUGUUUUUAUCCCAAAUGUAAACAGUGUUAAAGUUCAAGUAUAUUGAAACACAAAAAGUAUUCAAUUUUUUAAUAUUUAUAUUGCGCAGUAUUUUUGAACCUACUGAAUAAAUACUAUUUUCACUUUGAAAA